ACGCUACGCGGAACAGCUGAUCGCUCGCCUCACCAUGGCCGCGGAUGGCGAGGGCGAGACCUCCGACCCCUCUCCCGACUCUUCCUCCUCGCCGCCGCCGUCAUCGUCGGCGUCGUCCGCCGGCGCCUCCCGCCUCUCGCUCGCCGCCUUCGCCCUCUGCCCGGACGAGGAUCCGGCCGUGAGCCAGCUGAGGCAGAGGUUCAUCGACGACUACGGAUCCAAACCGACGGAAGGGGGUGGCCCCCGGUACGACCCUCGUGACCUCGAGUACGUGCGGACCAAUGACGCCCUCCUACGCCGAGUGUUGCGCUCGAGAAACGGCUCGUUGGAGGCGGCGGCCCACGCCCUGGACGACGCCUUGAUCUGGCGCCGCGAGUUUGAGAUCAACGACAUCACAGAGCUGAGCUUCGACACGGCGCUGCUGGAGCACGGCGCCAUCUACCUGCACGGCCUGGACAGGGACUUAAAUAGGAUACUGUGGCUGCACGUGCGCAUGGGCGUGAAGUCGCACCUCGACAAGCGGCGCCUUGUCGCCUUCUGGGUGGAGCGGCACACCCAGCGCGACCCCAACAAGAAGAUCACCGUCAUGUUCGACAUGGCCGAGACGGGGCUCUCGAACGUGGACUUGGACUUCAUUCGAUUUGUGAUCAACUCCUUCAAGAUCUACUACCCUGGACUGCUGGCCAAAAUCAUCGUGUUCGAGAUGCCCUGGAUCAUGAACGCGGCGUGGAAGAUCAUCAAGGGCUGGCUGGGCCCGGAGGCCAUACAGAUCCUGAAGUUUGUGUCGCGCGGAGACGUACAGCAGCACAUCGGCGCCGACUACCUGCCCCCGCACAUGGGCGGCCUGGACAAGUUCCGCUACAGCUACCCGCCCCUGCCGGAGGACGACCACUUUGAGUGUCCGGUUCCGUCUCCGGAAGACGAGGAGCCGGGCGACGCCAAGGACGCCGAGGAGGCGUGGACCAUCGCCCCCCUCGCUCAGCCCGCCGCCCUCGACGCGCUGGCGCACCGCCAGGUGUCGUUCUCCGAUGACGUGGAUGCGAGGUCGCUCUCAGCGGAGCCGAGCGAGGCUCUGGCGGGAGAGGGCCGGGCCAGGAAGCUCAAGCGGCCCGUGUCGACAUUUCGGGGGCCUCUGCUCAACAUCAGCCCAGCAGAGGAGCUGCAGUUUGGUUCUCGCGAGAGCGGCGGGGACACGAAGUGUCUCAUGGUGCUCACCAACGCCACGCAGGCGCCAGUUGCGUUCAAGGUGAAGACCACGGCACCGGAGAAAUACCGCGUGAGGCCGAGCAACGGCAACCUGGAGCCGGGCGCCUCCUGCGACGUCCAAAUUGCCCUGCUCAGCAGCCUAGGCUACGAGGCCUCGCAGCUGGACAAGUUCCAGGUGAUCGCGGCAGAGGUGAAGGAGGAGGUGGUGGGAGCGGUGCCUUUCGACCUCUCCGCGUUUUGGAAGAACGUGCCAAGGCAGAGCCUCGUGGAGCACAGGCUGCGAUGCCGAGUAGUUGCCGAGGCCCGUAACGGAGGCUUGAGCCGGGGGAGGCACAGGGACAGCCCGGGCGCAGGAGGAGGAGCAGGAGGAGCAGGAGAUGGAGGAGGAGGAGGAUUGGGAGAGGACAGGGAUGAGCUCAUGGCACAGAUGGCCUCUGUGAUGGGGUCGAUGCAGCAGCUGCGGCUGUCAGUUCGGGAGCUGAGUCAGCAGAAUCAGCGCGUGCUGUGGCUGCAGAAGCUGCUCGUGCUGCUUCUGCUGCUGUCGCUGCUGCUGCUGGUCUGGCUCGACGGCUCGCCCGGCAUGGCGGACUUGGCGACUACGCACGACCUCUGAUGGACGUCUGGGCUGGGGGAGGGGGAGGGGAGGGGAGAGGGGGGGCGUGAAGCGAUGAGACGGCGUGUCGGAGGACGGUGAUGGGGGUGGCCGACUGCUCGAGACGGCGGCUGCGACGUUGGUAGUAGCGAUAGCCGAGAGACGGGGAGGAGACGGAGCGACGAUGGGAAAGGGGCCGUGGUGACGUAGGUCGCUGUAACAGAGAGACGGGGAGAUAGAGCGGCGGAUGAGAGAUCAAUUGUAGUGAUGAUGACCGUGAUGAUAGCAGCAGUAUCAAAGAGACAAGGAGCCCACAGGCAGGCGGACAAACCGA